AUUCUAGUUCCACUCCUAGCCAGCCUCCAUCCUUUUAAAAGACUAGCAUGUACAAGAAGUCUUACAAGAGAAAAAACAACUCUAAUCCUGAACAGAGGGAGCAAUGGCUUUCCGUAGGAUGCUCUUGUACGUGGCAUGUGUUGUUGCGAUGUUAUCGAAAAUGGCAGCAGCAGCAGCUUCAUUAGCCAAGCCAAACUGCCAGAACUGGUGUGGAGAUGUUGAGAUCCCUUAUCCAUUUGGCACAACGGAAAAUUGCUACCUUAAAGAUAAUUAUUUUAUCAAUUGUAGCAAUUCCCAACCACUGUUGGGAAAUCUUGUUGUCACCAACAUUUCCAUCCAAGGCGAGCUUGAAAUCUUGAUGUUUAAAGCCAAUCAAUGUUACCGAGACUCAAGUGGUGUGCCUAUGUUUGACAACACGCCCUCUCUCACUUCCCCCACUUUCACAAUUUCCAACACCAAAAACAAGUUCGUCGCUGUCGGCUGUGACACUUACGCCUACCUCAAUGCUUACCGGAACAAUGAACUCUUCUCCAUUGGCUGCAUGUCUAUGUGUCGAAGUCUUAUGAAUGUCGUCAAUGGAUCUUGCUCUGGGAUUGGGUGUUGCGAGGUUGACAUCCCAACAGGAUUAAAGAACUAUACUUUGGAAGCUCAUAGCUAUUACAAUCACAAAAAUGUCUCUGAAUUCAAUCCAUGCAGCUUUGCUUUUGUGGCUAAACAAGAUGAGUUCAAAUUCUCCUCUGAUAAUCUUGAAAAAAUGCCAGCUGACAUAGAUGAUACUUCUCCAAUGGUUCUUGAUUGGGCAAUCGGUUAUGAAACAUGUAAAACGGCUCCGAGCAAGCCGGAUUACGUUUGUGGACAGAACACCUCAUGUGAUAAUCCACCAGAAGGGGUUGAUGGGUAUCGUUGCAAGUGCAAAGAAGGUUAUGAAGGAAACCACACUGAAGGGAAUUUCACAUGUACUUGUCCCGACGGAUACGGAGGCGAUGGAAAUAUUAACGGAACAGGUUGCAGUCCUAAAGCCAGCGGCAGCCAUGCCAAGAUCAUUAUUAUUGCAAUAAUUGCUAUCAGCAUUGGCCUCUCAGCAUUGUUUGUGGUAGGUUCUUCAGUAUAUUGUGGACUAAAGAGAAAAAGACUUUUCAAGCUAAAAGAGAGAUUCUUCGAACAAAAUGGUGGCUUGUUGUUGCAACAAAAACUCUCAAAUGAUAGAACUUUCAUGGAGAUUGCCAAAAUCUUUAGUGCAGAAGAACUUGAAAAAGUUACAAACAAUUACGAUGAGAGUAGAGUACUUGGUCAAGGAAGCUAUGGAACUGUUUACAGAGGAGUCUUACCAGAUAAUAAAAUGGUCGCCAUUAAAAAAUCAAAACUCUGUGAUCAGAGCCAAAUUGAGCAGUUCAUAAAUGAAGUGAUUGUGCUUACUCAAAUUAAGCAUAGAAAUAUGGUUAAGCUAUUAGGUUGUUGUCUAGAAACAGAAGUGCCAUUACUAGUUUAUGAAUUCAUCACAAAUGGAACUCUUUCGGCCCACAUUCAUGAUAAAGUCCUAUCAUCCUCACUCUCAUGGAGAAAGCGUUUAAAGAUAGCUGCAGAUACUGCAGGAGCACUUGCAUACUUGCAUUUUUCGACUUCCAUGCCAAUUAUACACAGGGAUGUUAAACCUACAAAUAUACUUUUGGAUGAUAACUAUUCCGCAAAGGUAUCUGACUUUGGAACUUCAAGAUUGGUCCCACUUGAUCAAACAGAAUUAACUACUUUGGUGAAGGGAACUUUGGGGUACUUAGACCCAGAAUACUUCUAUAGCAGUCAACUUACAGAAAAAAGUGAUGUCUACAGCUUUGGAGUUGUUGUGGCAGAGUUAUUGACUGGUAAGAAAGCACUUUCUUUUGAUAGGCCUGAAAGCGAUAGAAGUUUGGCAAUAAUGUUUUGUUCUGCAGUAAAAGAUGAUCGUUUACGUCAAAUUCUUGAAGACCAUAUUGUAAGCGAUGGUAAUAUUGAUGAGAUAAACGAAGUUGCUAAGCUUGUAAUGCAGUGCUUAAGUAUAAGAGGAGAGGAUAGGCCAAAUAUGAAGGAAGUGGCAAUGGAGCUAGAGGGGUUGAGAAGUAUGGAUCAAAAGCAUCAAUGGGAUAAGGUUGAUGUCUAUACAGAAUAGGCUGAAUGCUGUGUCACUCCACCUGCACAGUACUCUUUCAGCAUUAAUGGUGUCAAUAAUGGUUGUUCUAGGACCAGCGCAACAAUGGGUACGUCUGAAAGUAUGAGAAACCAAGUCUUGAAACCAAUAAUAUUGAAUGAUGGUAGAUGAUCUUGAAACCAAGUCAGUUGCUUAUAUAUACGUAUAUACGCUCUGGCGCUUCAUUUUCAUGUCUAAUAUAUCUGAUGUCUUCUUGCUACCUUCCCUUU